UAGAAUUUAGUAUUUUUGAAUUAACAUAUUUUAUUUUACAUUUGAAUUUACAUAUUUUAUUUUAAUUCAAAUAAAAAUUUGAAAAUAUUUUUUUACAACAGCUUCCAUAAAAAUGAAUACAUCUACAAAAGAGUGUACAAAAAAACAGCUUGAGGAGGCUCUUUCAAAAUGGUUUGGUAAUGCUCGUGACAGAGAAUGACUUCUGAAAGAUCUAAACGUAGAAAAAUAGCUGAAGUGGUAUCAAAACUUUUUCAAGAAUCUUCAACUUUAAAUAUACAGAAUCAGGAUGUUUAUCCAUAUAGUAGCAAUAUGUUUUUUGAUUCUUCAUAUUUACAUGGAAUAAGAGAACAAGUUGACAGUAAUUUGGAACCUAACGAAUUUUUAACUAAUUCUAAUUAUUCUAAUAAUAGUUUAGCUGUUAUGGAGACUGAAAUUAGCGAAAUUGAAAAUAACAAAAACAAUAUUGAAUUACUUACAGAUGAUAGUAAUGAAUGGUCUCCUGAGUCAUUUAUUUCUGAUGAUUAUAAGAGUGAUGAAAGUAAUGACAGCGAAAAAUUGCCUCAUAAACUUGCUAAUCGGGCAUUAAGCUUCAAUAUAACACAUGCUGCUUUGAACAGUUUGUUACCUUUAUUAAGAGAAUAUGGGUUAAGUUUGCCUAAAGAUUCAAGAACACUUCUUCACACCCCCCAAAAUAUAGAUACAAAAAUUGUCGCGGGCGGAGAGUAUUACUAUUUCAGCAUGCAGUAUUGGCUUUUAAUAAUGUUUAAAAACAAUUCAAUAGAAUCAAACAACAACCAACUUACCAUUCACAUUAACAUUGAUGGUAUACCUAUAUUCACCAGUUCCAGUACUUCUCUUUGGCCAAUUUUAGGUACUCUUAUUGAAGCUGGAGCAAUAGUAUUUCCAAUAGCAAUUUAUUGUGGUGACAAAAAACCAAAUUCUAUUCAUGAAUAUCUAGAAGAUUUUUUGGUUGAGAUUAAAGCUCUUACUGAAAAUGGUUUUACCCAUGAAAAUGUAAAGUAUGAUGUAAAGCUUGCUGCAAUUAUAUGUGAUGCACCAGCAAGAGCAUUUGUGAAAUGUAUAAAGGGCCACAAUGGUUAUAAUUGUUGUGAGCGUUGUGUUCAAAAAGGAGAGUGGUGUGGCAAAAUAAUCCUUCCGCAUACAUCAGCAACUUUAAGGACUGAUUCAGAUUUUCGUUAUCAAAAUAGUUUGGAACAUCAUAUUGGUGUGUCUCCUUUAAUUGAGUUGGGUUUUGACAUGAUAUCAAAAUUUCCUUUAGAUUACAUGCACCUAGUAUGUCUAGGGGUUGUGCGAAGAAUCAUCAACUUAUGGUUAAAUGGUCCCAGAUCAUGUAAGUUGUCGCAAAAUACUGUAAAUAUUUUAUCUGAUAGAUUUUUCCAGAUACGUUGUUAUAUUCCAAAGGAAUUUUCUAGGAAACCAAGGUCUUUAUCAGAUUUUCGGCAUUGGAAAGCCACUGAACUUAGACUUUUUCUAAUAUAUACUGGACCAGUUGUUUUAAAGGGAUUACUUGAGCCAAAAUUUUAUUCAAACUUUUUAGAUCUUUCAGUUGCAAUUCGUAUUUUAUUAUGUCCUAUUUUGUUGAAAAACUAUAUUGGUUUAGCUCGUCAGUUACUUACUUAUUUUGUGCAGUCGUUUGGUAAACUUUAUGGUAAAGAUCAGUUAGUUUAUAAUGUCCAUUCUUUGAUACAUCUAGCAGAUGAUGCAGUUAACUUUGGAGUUUUGGAUAAGUGCUCCUCAUUCAAAUAUGAAAAUUAUCUGGGUCAAUUAAAAAAGCUUGUUCAUAGGCCACAACAACCAUGUUCACAAAUUGUUAGGAGAAUUUUCGAGGGCUGUUUGAAGGAAGAUAGACAUCAUAUUCAUCAGCUGAAAUUUAGCAUCCAGCAUGUUGAUGGACCAAUAACCAUUGCAUUGAGACAUUGUUUGCAGUUUAAAAAUUACCAAGGUUUUAAGUGUUUUGUUUCUGCUACUGAUGGAAAUAACUACUUUGAAGUUGCAAAAAAAAAUUGGUUUAGUUAGAAAUAUUAUACAAAUAAAAACAGGCGAAUCUUGUGAUGGAUUGGUUAUGUUUGAAGAAUUUGCAGCUCUUGAAUCAUUUUUCACAGAUCCACUUUCUUCCAAUAAUUUGUCGAUAUUUUAUGCAAGCAAAAUGACUGGUAUUAAUAAAAUUUACCCACUAUCAGACAUCAAUAUAAGUUAUUUACAAAUAAUACCAUAAAUACAAAUAAUACCAUAAUAUUUACAAAUAAUACCAUAAUAUAAUAAUACCAUACAAAAGUGGCUUUAUUGUUAUGCGUCAACUACAUUUGUGAAUUAUAAAUACUUUUUAUUUUCUAAAACUUAUAACCUCUUUAUAUUAUAUUAUGCAUUUAUAUUAUAAUAAAAUUUUCUAGAAAG